AUGAUUAAUGAUAAUAAAAUUAAUGAAUUCACCCUAUCAUUUCCACACAUAAUCGAUACAUAUCUUCCAAAUAUUACCUACAAAGAAGAGUUAAUACUGGCAAUUACUGAUAAAAUCGGAAGAAUAUUAAAUGAUAUAAAGAAAACACAUCUGCCCUCAGAAACCAUCGCUAGUACAGAAA